AGUGUCAAAGUGAAUUUCUAGCAUGUAGAUUGUUGUUCUUCGUUGAAGAAGAGGAAUACAGUGCUUGAGAGCUAUGUCGUCUGCUACUCAAACUGCUUACUGAACGCCAUCACUUCCUCUAAUAAAACAAACCAAAAUAAUUUUGCGGAUUUUGUUGACUGUCCAGACUUGGCGAGCAUCACUUCCGGUGCACCGAAGAAAUAAAAGGGAGAAAAGAAAAAGAAGAAAAAAAAGUGAGGGCGGAGGUUUGAUGAAGAACAAAAGUCAUCAGUGCAGAGAUUCCUUUCACGUUGUCAAACAGUGGCGGAUACAAGUGAAGGAAUAGCCUCUGAUUCACGGCGUGGGAGGAAAGGGGAAAAAAAAACUAGUCCCUGAGAGUGGGGGAGUUAAGAAGGUUUUGUUUUUUUUAGCCCUUGUUUUGGUGUUAGUGCCGAGUUGAAUCAGAGGUGAAACGCCGAAAAAGAUCAAACACUGGCGUCCAUACAAUUGCGUAGAGAUAACUGGCAGGUAUAAAAGAUAGAGUGAAAGCCUAGAAAACAAACGAGAUUCUUUUGCAGUGCUACAUAUAGAUCCAGAACCAAGACUAUAAAGAUCAGUCAUCUCUCCAAGACUGAAGAUGUGACAUCUUUAAGUGCUAGAUGUCAUGAUGUGACCGCCUAGCGAUUGAACUUCAAAACAAGGACAGAAACACAAAAACAUGAUGUGUUGAUCCCCCCCAAGCAAAGUUAGCCAUCUGUUCCAUUCUCAAAAGCAUUUGUGAGUCAAUAUUCAGAUGUUUUGAGGCCCCGAGCAAGAAUGCUGUUUUCAAUGUCUGCUUGCUGCCUGGUUGGCCUUGUUCUUUUCCCUUUGAUGAAACAGAUAGAAUCAGCGGAUUUUAUAUUCGGAGGAGAAGCCAAAAGAGUAUGUGAGGCCUACAAAAGAAUAUGUCCAGCCAAGAAAAUCUGCGCCCUACAGUCGAUAGACUGGCCAGCACCAAUGAAAUUCCCUGUAUGCGUUCAUGAGAAACAUCUUGUUGUUAAAUCAAGAAUCUGUCGUCAAGCACCAGCACACGGGAAAUGUGGCGCCAAAUUUAUGAGAUGGUACUUCAAUGUCCACAUGGGCACCUGUAGCUGGUUUACCUACAGUGGUUGUGGUGGAAAUCAAAAUAAUUUUAGAACCUCUGAAGAAUGUGAGGCCAGAUGUAUGGGCGUUGACAAUACGAUCUCUGCUGAGGAAAUUAAUUCUUGGAAGGAAGAUUCAAACCAAGAAGUAGACUCCAUUGAGAACGCUAUCGUACGAGAGCCCAAAUUUCACCUAGCACCGGAAGAAAUCGAACUAGAUACCUCUAAAAUGAGGGCACCGCUUGAGGUUGGGGAAGCUCCAAAGAAACACAAGCAGACAAAGUCAAAGCCCAACAAAAAAGACCAGCAUACAAAGGUCAAGGCUAAGAAAAAGAAGCACCCGAAAAAACAAAAGAAAGUCAAGAAAAUUAAAAACCAAGGGCCGCAAUCACAUCUUGCUUCCCCAGUUAUUAACAAGCAUGAAUUGACAGGGGAGAAAGCUCCUGAAGUAUUCCACGAGCUGAGAGCACCUAUGGUCAGCUAUCAAAGACCAAGCGGUCAGAAAAUUUCGCCGGUCUGGCAGAUGGAUGCCCGAUUUGCCAGAGGAAAGAAGAACAACAAAACCAGAAAUUCGGGAAAAAACCAUCCCAGCCGACCCCAGCACAUAAUCUCAAACUCUGGAGUCAAACAAGAUUCGUACUACGAUAAGGUGCACAUGUUUGAAAUACUAAAUAAAGAAAGUCUGACUGAUGGUCAACAGUAAAACUAAGUAACUGUCACUAAAGGUCUCGAUAUAAAUCUAGAUACUUUCAAACAUGGAGUCGUAACCAAUAGUUGCUUAAAAAUACAAAAGGGAAGCGAUUCAUGAAAUACAUUUGUUUACACAGCGUCAGCUCCCCUUUCAAUCAUUCAAUAAGUUAUUUUUUUCUUGUACGCCUACCUAAUUAAUUUAACAUUGUCAGAUUUAUUUUCAUAAGUAAAAAAAAUACGGCAGAUAUUUCGUUACCCUAAGUAACUAACACAUUUUUAAAUUACCUUCGCAAAUAUUCUUGAUUUAAAGUUAAUAAGUUAUUUAACGUUUUGUUAUGUUUAAAAAAGUUAUAAACAUAUUUUCUCAACCAAACUAAAUUGUUAACAAUGCAGAUCCCUUCUCCCCAUUACCCAAAUUGGUGAUGCCCAAACCACAGUACACGGGUCAUAUCUAGCCCCUCAAAACAUCUGCACAAAGGGCUUAACAAAGAUGUAGAUAUUAAGUACAAUUGAAAUUUUUUGUUUGUCUGUAUGUAGCCACCCAUGACAUUUUAACAGCCCGCAAGUUAAAAAAGUGAGGGUACAUUUGUUGCGUACACUCCUUACUUUGAACAGCACAUUGUGCAUGAUUUAAAGAAUCCUCAUCAGAUUUGACAUGGGUUGGGGGGAGACUUCAGGUGUGCACUAGAUGGUGUUGUGCUUAAUUCACACUUCCUGUUCUCCAAGGACAUCGCAGACCCUUUAUCCAAUGUGACCCCAGCACUCACCAAGUCAAUAUGAGAACCUUUCCUUUAGACGAUGUGUAGACAUACAACACAGAGCAUAGUUUGUACAUAAUGUAGUUUUUUUUUACUUCCUCUUCCAGUUUAUGUUUUUUCCCCAUAAUUUAUGUUGUUUUCCAUAUUUUUAUUGUUUUUAUUUCACUUUAACUUUUCCAAAUUCAUUUUCUCAUUAUAGACUUUAUAUCACUAUUGUAAUAUAGAAAUUCUCUUAUCUCUUCACUUUGGGUAUUGGACUUUUGAUGUUUGAACAUGGCAUGAAAUGUUUUUAUCAUUUUGAAUGCCAAAGAAAAAAGAUGUGUUGGAUGUUUUAUUUGUUUUUAACAAGAUCAUGUACAGAGAAUGAAGUCUAGGUUUCAUAAUGUGUUAAAAUAGGACUUUCAGCUAUUCUCUUUUUUUUCUGAAAACUCUUUAAAUAAAUGACAUUCAGCUGUUCUCUUUUUUUAUAAGAAUUCUUAAAUAAAUUGGCCUACUAAGACAUUGUGUGCCAUGUUUUUGUCAACUGCUAUUUCCAAUUGUCAUCUGAGGUUGCAAGAAAGAAUUUAAUCUAGCAACUACAAGAUUCAAUGAAAGACAUUUCUUAAAAUACACAUUAAGUUCAAUGGUGCAAUUAUAUUAACCACUAUUGAUGAUGAGGGUAUACCAUACAUAUAGUGCUCUAUUUAGCAUUUGAAAAUUAAAUGUCUUCAGCUCUUUUCCUUGCAGUACAAAGUAAUGGUUAUUUUUUAGUUAACAACAUUGACAUUUUAAUAAGGCCUUCUUCACAUUAAGAAUUGUAAAACUUGUGUGAAUCUCCAAUACUUCCAUGAGAUCUUAUUUGCAUGUGUGGAUUACUUGUUCAUUUUAUUUGCCAGCUAUUCAUUUUAAUGAUAUUAUUUUCUUUAUUUCUUCACUUUUAAUAAAGUUCGAUGUGGUUAAAAACUUAUUGACAAGAAUAAAUUAUUAUAACAAGCAUAGUCCAUUUUUGAAAAAAAAAAUAGUCUACAUUUUUUGUUUUUCAUACUAACUUCCAUAAACUUUUUAAAAAAAAGUAAACAAAUAACAAGCAGACUAUUUGUUCUAAUAAUUCAACUAUGUUCAAUACUUUCUAUUAUUAUUUUAGACAAGAUAAAAUCAUGGGGGGAAUAGUAGUACUUCAAUGAAAAGCUUCUAUAUCACUAAUAAAUUGUCUUGUAAUUAAAUAUUAACAAAUCAAAAUAAUCUCAAUACCUACUACUGAAGUCUAAGUAAUUGUAACUAUGAAAAUGAUAAUAUCAUAAAUGCUUGUAGCUGCCUGUAUUUUGUCUUAUUUGGGCUGUCAUAAUUGUAUUCCACAAAUGAAUUUCACUCAAUAACUUUGUUCUUGGACAGUAAAUGAGAUCAGGUUUUCCCACAUCAUAUAAACAUUUUUCUAAGGAAACAUUACUCUUUUGUAUCUAAGAUUAAGACUAAGACUGCUUUAUUGCUCAUUACGGCACUUUUUUGUUUUCUUAAAGUAGGGCAAGUUAUGAAUAAAUUUGCACAAAUGCUACCAAAGCAUACUAUGAUCAAAUGCUAUAGCAGAGUUAUUACUUAAAGAAGUGAUAUUUUAGAUGUUUUUGUCUCUAUUAUUUCAGAAUCUAUUGUAGUAAGUAAUGCUUAUUGAGUAGCAUUGAAGGAACUAUGUUUUGUACACUUUUAUUAAAUACAUCUCAAAUCUCUUCUUAAAAGGAAACUGCCUUGAAGCAAAUAGUUACUGAAUAUAAGGAUGAUUAUUAUUUUUAUAACUUUUUCUAAAUCUUGUCUUAUUAGACAAGCUUGUUUCUACAUAUCCAAAUAUUGAAUGUUUGCCUGCCAUGUGCAUUGUUGAUGUUGUUUAUAUGAAACAUAAGUGUCAAAUAUAUGGUCUUGAUUAAAAGUAUGUGUUUAUAUUGUUUGUUAUCAUCAGUAAGUUAUAAAAGCUGUUUGUUGUUUUUCUAAAGUAAUUCUAUCAAAAAUUAAAAAUGUUUUUUAAUCAAUCAAUGAUUAAUUAUGCAUUACAAAUGUGGCAUUGUCAUACCAUUCUGUUUUGGUGUGUAUUAUCUGUCAUUAAUAAACAAUUAUAACCUCUACAAAUUUA